AUGGGGAGGAUCUUUCGCACAGCGAAACGUGUCAUUGUAUGGCUAGGCGAGCCGCGACGUCUAGUCCCCAAGUUGGAUCAGGCACCGAGCAAGCCAGCCUAUUCUCGCCUAAAGCGCUCUCCUGAGUGUCUAAGCUCGGCGCUCGAAUCUGCUCUGGCAAUUAAGCAGCCACCUUGGUGGCAGCGAGCGUGGACAGUUCAAGAAUACACUCUCGCCUACGAAAGACCCAUGUUUGUUUGCGGACCAUGCAAUUUCUCGAUCGAAUCGUUAGCGGAUUUGCUACAAGUCCGGGUCACCGGUGACCUAGCUAGCCUUCAAAAGGCUGUGACCCGGCUCGAGGGCUUGAGAAAUCAGGCGGAGAGGCUGAGAGAAUUGGACACUUACGAUGUCUUCUGCUUGGUCGAGCUGCACGAUAUCAUGUGCAACGUGUCGUCUACCGAUCCUCGCGACAAGGUUUAUGGCAUGCUUGGGCUGAUGAAGAAGUCGCUAGCGGAGGCAAUUAAAGUCGACUAUAUCGCGGGCACUGAACGUGUAUAUGCGCAGGCGAUGUACGCACAGAUAUCGUCGGACAGGACAUUGCGGGUACUCUGCUUCGCGAGACCCUGGCGAACGAAGCAAGACAGAGCGUCUUGGCAUAUGCAGAUCAAUGGCGUAAGUCCCAGGCCAAUAGACACCAGGCCUUUCCUCGUUCACGUCAUCGGAGAUAGUGCGCCCAUCCAUGCUGUCAGCCCUUUUGCAACACAGCACUGGGAAAUGAGUCCCUGCAUGCGAUUCCUGACCAUCAUUGGACGAUUUGUACUUAAGGUUUGCAGGAGCCUGCAGUUCACGUGGGCGGAGGGCUACGAGAGUUUCCAGGCAUCGCCAAAGCACAAAUCGGAAAACGCCAGCGGACUGCUACGGGAAGAGAUAUACAACGCAUUCAUGGCUACAAGCGAGACACCUUUGCACCUCGAUAAGCCCGUUUGGAAAUAUCUAAUGGCUUGGAAUGCGGAAUUCACGGAAGACAAUCCAACAGAUUUCGCUGCUAGAGUCUCAUCGUGGCUAAAGUACAUUAGCCAGUUCCUUGGGUUCGCACAUGUCCAGGGACUGGACGUAGAGCCAGCCAAGGCACCUGUACUCCACAAGCCCAAAUCUUGCACCGGCAGUCCGGCAAUGACCCUGUGCUAUGACGGCAAACCGAUAUGUCGAAGACGCACUCAUUUUCCGGCGUUUCCUCCCGAUCGAACAUCGAAUUUUCCUUGUGUGGAGUAA